CCGGGCCCGCUUCCACGUCGCCGCCAGCGGGGGGAGGAGGAAGGGAGCAAGAUGGCGGAAGCGGAGGAAGGGGCGGGCGGAGGCCCCGCCGACAAGCCUCUGUUCGCAGGCCUGGCCGACGUGUCCAUAUCGGAAGAUGUCCCCGUGGAGGGGCAGAUCACCGUCCCCAUGGGACCCCACACUCCGGAGGACGACUACUCCACGCUGGACGAGCCCGUCAAAGACACCAUCAUGCGGGACCUGAAGGCAGUUGGCAAGAAGUUCGUACACGUGAUGUACCCCAAGAAGAGCAGUGCACUCCUCCGCGAUUGGGAUCUCUGGGGCCCCCUGGUUCUCUGUGUGUCGUUGGCCCUGAUGCUGCAGGGGGGCUCAGCGGACAGUAAGGAAGACGGGGGGCCGCAGUUUGCCGAAGUCUUCGUCAUCAUCUGGUUCGGGGCCGUCGUCAUCACCCUCAACUCGAAGCUCCUCGGGGGAACCAUAUCUUUCUUUCAGAGCCUGUGUGUGCUGGGCUACUGCAUGCUGCCCCUGACGGUGGCCCUUCUGCUGUGCCGCCUGCUGGCCCUGGCCGGGCCCGGGGGGACCGGCGCCGGCCUCUUCGUCGUCCGCCUCCUCGUGGUGCUCGCCAUGUUCGCCUGGUCCACUCUCGCAUCCACGGCGUUCCUGGCCGACAGCCAGCCUCCGAACCGGAAGGCCCUCGUCGUCUACCCCAUCUUCCUCUUCUACUUCGUCAUCAGCUGGAUGAUCCUCACUUUCGCGCCGCAGUGACCAGCGGACCGGGCCGCCCCUCCCAGGGCCCCGGCGACGGGGAGGGUCUGGCCGGUCGGAGAUGGGGCGAGAGGGGUCGGGGCAGCGGGGCCCCCGACGCCGCUCGGCCGACCUCCGUCCGCCGGUGACCCCCUCCGGCCCCUGCCGGGGAGCGGCGGCGGGGGGAGUUGGCGGUUGGGGGGCGAGACUGUUUCUGGGAAGGCAGGCGGGGCCUCGCGGCCUCUAGGCCGGACGCUGCCCUGGACUCUUGAUCAGUCCGGCCCUACCGUUGCUCCGGAUCCUGGACUGACGGCCGCUCCACGUGCUAGACCAGGCCCCGCUCUGGAUUCUAGAUCAGGCCGCUGUCGCAGGCUGGGCUGCCGACUGGGUUGGGGGAGAGAGGAUCAGGGUCCCGGCUGCCCCCACGGGGCACGUGCCAGGCAACGGUUCCUCCUGGAUCGGGCGGGACCGGCCUUCCCCGGGCUGGCGCAGUUGGAUUGGCCGCCGGCGAAGUGAAGCCGGGGGAGGGCGGGGGCCUACGAAAGUGGGAAAAGGGGGCAUCUUGAGGGAAAUGGAAGAGGGCCCGGUGUGGCUGGGAGCGCCCGGCAUCCGUAGGCCCCUACCAAACGGCUCGGAGCCGGAACGGGCGUGGGCGGAGAGAGCGCACGGGAAGCGGUGCCCCGGGAAGCCAGGAAGUCCAGAGGCUCCGGGGGACAGAGGAGGCCGGCCCUGCCCGUUGUCACCCCCCCUGGUGAGGGGGGGAUGAUGUGCCCGGAAUCAGCUGGGAGUCCCAUCCUCACGCGGAUCAGCCGUGGCCCCGGACGCACGGGGGGGCCACGUCCUUCCGGUGGCCCUCGAGGCCCGGACGGCUCCCCAGCCGGUGUGCCCACCGCCGCCGGAACAGCAGGGAGGCAGAUGGGUCUGGUGGGCCUUGGCGUUUGCCCUCUGGGGCCGGAUGGACCUGACCUUUGACCAAAGGACGAGCCCCCUCCGCCUCCAUGCUGGGCUGGGUCCGCCUGACCCCACCUCCCCUUGCCCCCACCUCCGCCUCCACUCUGACCUCUGUAUAUAGGAAGUCUACAGGAUGAGUUGUAAAUUAUUUGUUAAUACUGAGAUUUAUAAAUAAAAAGCAUCGGAAAGGGGCA